CCGGAGAGGAGGCCAGCCUGGGACCGGUGAUUUUUGAUCCCUUUCUACAUUAACGGAGUAUUUGGAGACAUUACUGCAAUCUCAUUUAUCUGACAUACCUUCACUCUCAUCCACGCACCCGUGCGCGCUCUCGCAUCACCACCCGGAUACCCGGACCGCUUUCUCUGCUAUCGCAAUUGAACAUUCACCCCCAAAAGGAGAUAAAACAUUGAGGAAAGCACCUGAAAACAUGGAUUUAUUCUCCAUCCCACCCAGCGUUUGCUGGUGGAGGGGCUUAUUUCUCAUGAGCAUCUUCCAGAAUUACAUGAGCUCCAUGCUGGACUGCCCGCCGACCUGCACUUGUUCCACUACGGACAUCUUUUGCAAUAAGUCUUACCAAGGGAAUUUUUUUCCCCUCCUGGCGCUGCAGGACACUGUGAGCGACGGGAAUAGCACCAACAGCCUCCCGGACCUGUUUGAGAACAUCUCCACCAUACACAUCGAGAACUGGCCCAGCUUGCAGACGCUAAGAGAUGUUGACAUGGAGCUGUACACUGGACUUCAGAGACUGUCCAUCGUGAACUGCAGCCUACGUGUGAUUCAACCGAGAGCCUUCGCUCAGAACCCCCACCUGCGCUACAUAAACUUGUCCAGGAACCCUCUGACAACUCUCUCAUGGCAACUUUUCCAGUACCUCCAACUUUUUGAACUGAAACUGGAAGGGGUGGUGUUUAACUGCAGCUGCAAUAUCCGUUGGAUCCAGCUGUGGCAGCAGCGAGGCGAGGCCGGACUCCAUAACCAGCAGCUGUACUGCAACAAUGGCUUCUCCAAGAUUCCACUACAACUCAUGAACAUCUCUCAGUGUGAUUUACCAGAAAUCAGUGUAAGUCACAGUAACCUGACGGUGACAGAAGGAAAAAGGGUCACCAUCACCUGUAAUGGAUCAGGCGUGCCGGUACCAGAAGUGGAUUGGACUGUAAAUGGACUUCACUCUAUUAACACACACCAAUCCAAUCAAUAUCCACCGAAUGUCCACUCCAUAAACUUAACUUUGGUCAACGUUAGCCGAGACGAUAACGGCUUCAUGCUGACCUGCAUUGCAGAGAACAUAGUCGGGAUGACUAAUUCCUCCAUACAGCUUUCGGUUCAGUUUCCUCCUGUCAUCAUUAAGUUUGAGGAGCCAGAGAAAUUGCAUGACACAUGUAUGAUCUUCACUGUGCGUGGGCACCCCCUGCCCACCCUGCGGUGGUACUAUAAAGGCGAGGAGAUCAAGGCGACCGAGUACAUCCGUCCAGAGAUGGAGGUGUAUCAGGACAACCUGGAGGGGUGUCUUAUGUUCAAAACCCCCACCCACCACAACAAUGGCAACUACACAUUGGAGGCCAGGAACUUCCUGGGUGUAGCCGUCAAAACUGUGUACGCCCACUUCCUAAAGCCUCCUUUUGAUGGUACUCCGACACCGACCGCUAUUCCAACUAUGACACAUCGGCCUGAAGAGGACACCUUUGGUGUGUCAAUUGCAGUUGGCUUGGCUGGCUUCGCCUGCGUUCUCCUUGUCGUUAUGUUCGUGCUAAUCAACAAAUAUGGCAGACGCUCCAAGUUUGGCAUGAAAGGACCAGUGGCUGUUAUCAGCGGCGAGGAAGAUUCAGCCAGUCCCCUUCACCAUGUCAACCACGGCAUUAUAACCCCAUGCACCCUGGAUGCCGGGCCAGACGCCGUUGUGAUUGGCAUGACCCGCAUCCCAGUGAUCGAGAAUCCACAGUACUUCCGGCAUGGGCACAACUGCAACAAACCCACCACAUAUGUACAGCACAUCAAGCGCCGAGACAUUGUGCUCAAGAGAGAAUUGGGCGAGGGGGCCUUUGGGAAGGUGUUCCUGGCAGAGUGCUACAACCUAAGCCCCACUAAGGACAAGAUGCUGGUGGCUGUCAAGGCAAUAAACUGGCCAUCUUGUGUGUUUAUGCAGACCCUGAAAGACCCCACCCUUGCGGCAAGGAAAGACUUCCAGAGGGAGGCGGAGUUGCUGACCAACCUUCAGCAUGAUCACAUAGUGAAGUUCUAUGGCGUCUGCGUGGACGGAGAUCCGCUCAUCAUGGUCUUUGAGUACAUGAAACAUGGAGACCUCAACAAGUUCCUCAGAGCCCAUGGCCCAGAUGCAAUGAUUCUGGUUGACGGACAGCCACUACAGACCAAUGGAGAACUGGGUUUGUCUCAAAUGUUGCACAUCGCCACUCAGAUCGCAUCGGGGAUGGUCUACCUGGCAUCUCAGCAUUUUGUGCACCGUGACCUGGCAACCCGCAACUGCCUGGUAGGCAACGGUUUGCUCGUGAAAAUUGGAGACUUUGGAAUGUCAAGAGACAUCUACAGCACGGACUACUACCGGGUGGGAGGUCACACCAUGCUGCCCAUUCGCUGGAUGCCUCCCGAAAGCAUAAUGUAUAGGAAGUUCACAACGGAGAGUGACGUGUGGAGCUUCGGCGUCAUCCUCUGGGAGAUCUUCACAUAUGGCAAGCAGCCAUGGUUUCAGCUGGCAAAUAAUGAGGUAAUCGAAUGCAUCACGCAAGGACAAGUACUGGAGAGGCCACGACUUUGUCCCAAGGAAGUCUACGACAUCAUGCUGGGAUGCUGGCAGAGGGAACCCCAGCAGAGGUUGAACAUCAAAGACAUCCAGAAAAUUCUUUAUGCCUUGGGCAAAGCCACACCUGUCUACCUGGAUAUCCUGGGGUAGUGUUUCUUGGGGAUAUGUUUGUCUGUUUACGUCUAUCCAACAAAGGAACAAACAACCUGGGAAUAACCCAAAAACAACAUGUACCUUACUGCUCCACUGUCAGACACCUACAACAUGGGGAUGGACUUAAGUGCCUGCAACUCCUUUCGAUACACUGGAUAACAGUCUUUAAAAAGCACUUUUACAUUUUGUUUACCUGAGUAUGAAAAUGUACAGUUCUACUGCAAGAAGAGGAAUCUCU